AUGUCAUGAAUUAGCGAAGUUUAAAUGAUGCUUUAACAUAUGUGGUGAUGAUAAGAUCAUGAUUUUUAUUAAAGUUUUAUAAAGGUCUAAUUUUUUUUUUAUCUUUUUUAAUUUAAAGGCUGAAAUAUCUUGACGUUGCGUCAAAGCUUCCACAUCUGCUUUGAGCAUGUCUAAUAAACGACCUGCACCGCAGGAUGGAUCUUCUCAAAAUUCUUCCAAGCGAGUCCAUUUCGAACCUUGUAGAAUAGGACCAGUUUCCACACAGGAAGAGAUGGACAUGAAGGUCUUACAGUUCCAAAAUAGAAAGCUGACAGAGCGACUUGAGCAAAGACAGCGUCAAGAGGCAGAACUGCGCCAGAGAAUAGAACAGCUGGAAAAAAGACAAACCAGUGAUGAAGCUGUACUUUGUGUUGUUAAUAGAUAUUGGAAUCAGCUCAAUGAAGAUCUUCGAAUUUUGCUGCAAAGAUUUGAUGCUGAAACCUCUGAUGAGUAUGAAAAUCGAAAUGAAAAUGAGGCAACUACAUCUUUCCUCGCUCUUUUGGGACAGUGGGACAGGGAGGAACUGGAAGAGAAGUUAGCACAACGUGUCCAGGUAUCCACAAGAGCUGUUGCCAAAGUUCUUCAAGCUUUUGAUAGAAUUGUCCAGCGUAAUCACAAAAUCAUGUUAGCUCUUAAAGGCGAUCCUUCAUCUGAAGAAGACAUUCCAAGUCUUGAUGAUGCAGUCCGACAGGCCAAUGUUGAAUUACAGAAUGAAAAUAAAAAUUUGCAUUUGUUAGUCACUGGUCUUCAUGAGAAGCAUCAUCAAAUGAAUUUAAAAUUUGCAGAAAUGAAUGACAAGUUAGCUGCUCAAGAAAUUGCUAAUGCUGAACUCAAGAAUCAUAUUGAAGAUUUGGAAUAUGAUCUUUCAAAGACUAAGCAGAGAGAAGAAAAAUUAGAUAUGCAUUUGUCAGAGUGUCUUACAAAAUUGAAGUCCUAUAAUCUAACUGAUAGUGAUGGAAGGCCUCCCAUGAGUACUGUUACUCAAGCUAAGAUGGAAGAUUUACAAAAAGAGUUGGAGGAGCAAAAGGAAUUAGCCAAUAAUCGUUUGAUGGAACUGGAAACUUUAAAUACUCAGCACAAGGAAGCCUUAAAGCUUGUAGAAAAGCUCAAAAUGGAUUUGCAGUGCCUACCAGAAAGUGUUGUUGUAGAGACGACAGAAUACAAGUGCCUUCAGUCCCAGUUUUCUGUUCUUUACAAUGAGAGUAUGCAAUUAAAAACUUUGUUAGAAGACACUCGUAAUUUAAUGGCAACCAGCAAAAACACUCAUCUUCGACAGAUAGAACAAAUGGAGAGUGAAGAAUUAUCUAUGCAAAAAAAAUUAAGAACUGAAGUCAUACAAUUGGAAGAUGCCUUAGCUCAAGUUCGUAAAGAGUAUGAGAUGUUGCGAGUUGAGUUUGAGCAGAACCUAGCUGCUAAUGAGCAGACAGGUCCUAUAAACAGAGAGAUGCGCCAUCUCAUUACAAGCCUGCAGAAUCAUAAUCAUCAAUUAAAAGGAGAAGUUCAAAGAUAUAAAAGGAAAUUAAAAGAAGUUACUGCAGAACUAGUGAAAAUUCAGCCUCUGGUAAAUUCACAUGAAAAUGCUGCUGCCAUCAAAGAAGAACAAUCCAAUACUACUUCUGCGUCUACCAAUUGCCCUCCGAUGAGUGCGACUGUGAAAGAGGAAGUCAUCGUCAAGAAAGAAAAGGAAGAUGACCACUAUCGAGACGAGGAAGGCAGUGAUAUCAGAGAGAAAGGCAAAUCAGAUACAGAAAUCAUCAGAGAGCUUAAGGCACAAUUAAAGAAAUCUCAAGAAGCACAGAAAGAACUAAAAUUAUUGCUUGACAUGUACAAAGGUGCUCCUAAGGAACAGAGAGACAAAGCACAGUUAAUGGCUGCAGAGAAAAAAGCACGAGCUGAAGUGGAAGAAUUACGUAAUCAGAUCAAAAGGAAUCAAGACAAUGAAAGAAAAGAACGACGGAAGUUGGCCGAUGAGGAAGCUUUGAAAAAAAUUAAAAUUUUAGAAGACCAGUUACAAUCUUUACAGAAAAAUUUAGCUUCCCAAAAACAGGAAGAAGAAGCCUUGCUAAAUGAAAUGGAUAUAACUGGUCAAGCCUUUGAAGAUAUGCAAGAGCAAAAUUUGCGUCUCAUCCAGCAAUUGCGGGAAAAAGAUGAUGCAAACUUUAAACUCAUGUCUGAGAGGAUAAAAUCUAACCAGAUCCAUAAGCUUCUCAGAGAAGAAAAGAGCAUGUUAACCGAGCAAGUAAUAACACUAAAAAAUCAAGUAGAUGCCCAAAAUCAGGUUGUAAGAAAACUGGAAGAAAAGGAACGAUUGCUUCAGACCAAUGUUGCUACUGUUGAAAAGGAGCUUAGUUUAAGACAGCAGUCAUCUGAAAUGCAAAAACGUAAGUCAAUAGAAAGUGCACAGUCUUCUGCUGACUUGAGAUUGCAUCUAGAAAAAUAUCUAUCACAUCUCAAAGAAGUUCAGACGACUGUAGCUGAAAAGACGAGUGCUGUUCAGCAAGAAGCUUUUAAAACGAAACGCCUCCAGGAAGAAAUCAUUAGUUUAAGAAGAAAAGUGGAAAGGGGAAAGAAAUUUGAACUCGCUUCCACAGCUGACGAAGUCUUAAUGGAAGAAGUUAGGGAAUAUAAGGAGCAGUUGACCUGCCCAUCAUGUAAAGUGAAAAGAAAAGAUGCCGUUCUCACGAAAUGUUUCCAUGUGUUCUGUUUUGACUGUUUAAAAACUCGGUACGAGACGAGGCAGCGCAAAUGCCCGAAAUGCAAUGCGAACUUUGGUGCUAAUGAUUUUCACCGUUUAUAUUUGGCAUAGAUCUAUUUUAAUAGUAAGUUAUAUAAAAGCUUUUUGUACCACUUAAGUUCUGAGGAAUAUAUUCUAAAGUACAUUUUGUGGCAUGAAGUGGUUACAGAGCUUUGAGCCUAUGGUGUUUCAACCUUUCUGUCACAGAUGAGUUUGUUCCCCCACAAGAUGUGGCAUCGGUUGAUUUGGACCAUAUUCGAUGUCCAGAACCUUCUUGUAUUUAUUUUGUUAUCAUGUAGUUUUUCUUUGUGUGACAUUACUUUAUGUACAUUAUUUGCAUCACUUAAUUUUUUUAAAGAUAUGAAGUGAUUAUCUGUAGUAGCAGAGCCUGGAAGCUAAUUUUUUAAAGUAUUGACCCUCCAAAAAAUCUUUGUAUCGCCAUUGUCAUAUUUAUGUAUGGCACUUGUUAAGUUUUUUCUUCACGAUUUGAAAAGGGUAGGGAGAAAGAACUAAACAGAAACAGUCCCCCCCUUUUUUUAUGAUGUCUUUGAAUUAGUUUGCACAAUUUUGCUUUAUUCAUGAACAUACUCAUGAAAAAUUUUAUUCUUUCAGAUAUAUUAUGGAUGAAUGGGAUAGUUAAAAAAUAAAGUGGUUAUUAUGUAUCUGCAAAGGCAUGCAAUAAUAAUAAUUUGAAAUAAUCUCCUUUGCUGCAAUGUAUCUUUCCCAGUAUUCUGAAAGCUUUUUAAUUCCCUCUUCAGAGAAGUUGUUUGAUUAGAUGCAUAACCAUUCUCAAAUGACAUUUGGGGCUAAAUUUGGACUAUAACAGAGAUUUGGCAAAAUGUCCCACCUAUUUUUGCAUGACUGUUGUUAUUUUUCAUUUUGUCUGUAGAUUUUGGUUAAAAUUUUGGACUUGAGAUUUCUUACUUAAUAAUGCUUCGCCAUAGACUGAGGCAUCACGCUCAAAGACAGCACAUGCAAAUGACAAGCUUAAACCACUGCAUAAUACUUCUUGAUGACAGUAUUGAAGUUGCAUCCAACCAUGCAACAGAAAUCCCUAUUGGGAGGGAAGCACUCCUGCUCAUGUGUGAAUGCCUUCUUAGCUGCUUACUGAAAUUUAACUUUACUUCAUUCCUGAGGAUUAUUUUUAAAUUCAGGCAUGAAAAAUUGCUUAGUAUGUCAUUUUAUGGCUUUCCCCCCUAGUUUCAGUGGACAUCAAUUUAUCUUAAAUUAUUUUGGGGAAAACAGUUUAAAAUAGCCUCUCCCCCCUAUAUAACCUGUGGUCAGGGUCCAAUCGUGUUUUUCAUAACAAAACAAAAAAGAUUUAGAUUUGCAUACAUAAGUUUUUACCUUAUUUUUUAAUGAAAUUCAUAUAAAAUAAGCUACCAUUUUUAAAUUAUUUUUUAUUUAAAUCGCAUAUAUGUAAUAAUAAAAUGUGCUAAAUUUUUUUACAAAGAGAUAAAUGGGUCUUGGCAACUUUUCUUCCAAUGUCUUGGAUAGCAAAAAUUCUCUUUGUAUGUGCUAUAGGAUUUUCUUAUAAUGUAUUAAAAUAUUUGAUGUUUCCAUUUUUGCUAGUUUAUUCACUUUGAGAAAAAUCAUUCAACAUAAUAAAAAUGUAAUUAAGGUAAUUUAUCUGUGAAACUACGUAUUUCAAGUUGUUAGACAAAAGAUUUGACACCCACUGUUUUUGCAUGCAAACAAACAGUGAUAAUAAUCCCUUUCAUUGCAAAAUCUGUAUAUGUUACCCUUUUGGUUAGGCCUAGUUUUACUGUAUAUGAAAAGGUACCUUUCAUGUUGAAUAAUAACUUAUUUAAUAUGAUUUUUUGUUGUUUAAGAAGCUAAAAAUUUUAAAUCAUUGAACACUUUCAUUCAUAAAUGUAAAAGACAUUCAAAUUUCUUUCCCCUUUCUUUGCUGAAUUUGUACCAGGUAAUGCAUUUGUUUCUGGAAUGUAAGAGUAGAAAUUUUAGAGGCUUUCUCUGGCAUUUAAUAAGAUAUCACUUUUUUACAUGCUUAAAUCAACAGACUUUUUAACAUCUAAAUAAGUCCCUGUUUUAUUUGAAUAUGGUUUCUUAGUAAUGAUGUUAGAUUUUAUUAUUUUAGAGUGCUCUUUUUUAUGCUACGACAUUAUUUUUCCAUAUUAUUUGUUUGUUUUGGCUUCUUGAAUAAUCAAGGUGAUGGCAUGACUGCUAAAUUUUUCAUUGUUUUUAGACCACAGCUGGGAUGGAAAUGUAAGAAUUGCCAAUAAUGAUGCAAAGCUGAUAACAUCAUCCAGUGAGGAGACACGACAUUGGAUAUCAAGGCAUUGUAGCAUGUCUCCCUCUCUUGCAUCUCCACCAUCCCUAGAUUAUUACUGAAACUGAUACAUCUUUAGGACAUGGGGAAACACAUGACACUGGAUGUCAAAAUAGUGUUAUGUGUUUCCUCUUCUUCCUAUCUCUACCAUCUUUGCACCAUUAUUGGCAACUGCCACAUUUUCAGCCAUAUGACACUUUAUUUCAAGAUACUGCCAUGUAUCUCCUCUUUUCCUCUUUUUGCCGUUUGUGUGCAGUUAUUGGCAAUUACCCCAAUUCUAUCCUGCAGCAGUCCAAACACAGUUAGAAACAAAUAGUCAUGUUACUAUUUUGAAAUUUGUGGUUAGCACUGUGACAUGCCAUUAAUUUGUAAGAGUUAUGCAAUGGUGAAACAAAAGAGAGUACUGUAUAAUAGUAAAACUUAUGAGGUUAGUAAUAAUCUUGGUUGAAAUUUAUUCAUAACAAUUCAUUGUAUUACAUUGGUUGUCUUGUUUUCUUGCUUCUUUAUUUGAUAGUUUUAUUUUCUUGCUUUAUUCUUUCAUUAUUCUAUAUAUAUUUUGAGUCUUAAUUCUUUUCUGUUUAUUUUUGCAAAGAUAGAUUCCCCUUCAUUAUAAUAAAGACUGGAAAACCUGAAAUUGUAAAGGAUGUUUAUAUGUUAAUUAAAUCCUGAGUGGAAGCUAAUUGUUUUAUCAAUGGUAUAUAGAUAGAAAUGUUCAAAAAUCAGUUUCAGAGAAGUGCUUUAGAUGGUUAAACGUCUUUGAAUUUAUAUGGCUUAAAAUGGCCAAAAAUGUAUUUAAUUUAGCAGGAACAAUUUGGAUACUUAAUUAAUUUUUCUUCUUUUUGAAAUAUUUGCUUUUUAGAGCUCUUUUGAACACUUUUUAACAAAUCAUUACGCUAAUAAAUUUUGAAAAUUAACACAUCCUCAUUUUUUAUUUUAAAGGGAAUUUACUUGCUAGAGGUUAUACAAGAACAAUACCUCGUGUACAUAAUGUUAAAUGCUUUGAGUAGCUUUAGCAACAAUUUAAAAUACUUUAAAAAUUAUUUUAUGUCUAUUUUUUAAAUUUUACGCACAUGCUCAUAUAUAUAUAAAGUUAAAUUUAAUUUAAAUAAUUCUCUUGCGCCAUUGCUGCAAGGAA